UUAAACAUGAAAAAAUUUGCAUGAAAAAAUUUCCAGGAAUUCUCUGACAAGUGUAUUAAUAGAUAUUAAAUUAUUUUUGCAGCCUCUUGUUGUGAGCACAACUGAUUCAGUGAUAUGUGUGAGAAAUUUCACUACAAAUGUGGUGAGGUUGAAACGAUUUCAUGUACAAGAACACCACAAGUAUGACAUUCUUGCUUCAAGACUUUGCAAGUUAUUGUUAGAUUCCCCAAGUCAGGAAAUGCUACUGUCAGAUGUACAGCAACACUUUAGUGAGUUAAGGGUGAAUGUCAAGAGUGUGAGAAGGGUAAGACAGUUUCUGCAACAGGCAGGAUAUGUAGUGGAAGAGAAAAUCCCAGGAUCUUGUGAUACAACAGAAAGCAGCAACUGGAGCCCUCCAAAGAAAAGGAAAAGGCAGGCAGAAUCUGCUGGAGGAAAUCCUAUUUGCACAGUAAAAAUACGACUGCUCAAGCCAUUUGUUCUCAAAACUGACUGUAUUCAGCAGCCUGACGAUGCCAAUGAGGAUGAGGAGGAUAAUAGUGAUGCUGAUGAUGAUUAUGAAGGUGAUGACAAUAGAGAUGAUGGAGAGGACGCAAUGUGGAGUGAAGGUCAUCAUCAGGGUAAGAAGAAGAAAAAGACCUGCCACUUCAAUGGCCACCUCUACAGACGAAUUGGUGAAUGUCAUCACAAAUAUCUUCAUGGCUAAAUUGGAAUCAGAUGUUGUCCGACCCUUUAACCUACCGUUCUAUGAUCGGUAUGUUGAUGAUUGUUUCUCCAAAAGAAGAAAGGUAGCCCGAUGUUCUGCUUGAACAUCUUAACGAUUUCCAUCCUAACAUUGUUUGCUCUGUGGAAGAAAAUCCUGACCAUUUCCUUGACACUUCUUUCAGUUAUGAAAACAAUUUGACUGCAAAGUCUACAAGAAAUCGGGAAAAUUAGCUACACAUUGGAAGUUGGAAAUUCCCACAAAAUGGAAAAGAAAUUGUAUCAUUGCCGCCUUCCACAGAGCCAAAAGUAUCUCUUCUGAUUUUAACAAUGCAAUCAAAACAAUUGAAAAAUCUCUUUUAAAUGCUGGAUAUACUAAGUGCUUUAUUUCCCAAAGAGUGAACAGGUCCCUAAAUGAUUCGCCUGUAGACGAUGUUUUAAUUUCCAGUUUCCUCUUUGAAGAACACAACAAAGUUUUCAUUAAGCUCCCUUACUGUAAUAACAAUGAAAAACCUUAGUAAAGCUUUCAUUUCCAAACUAAACAAUUUCACAAAUUCCAAGUUCAUUUUUAUUAUCCUGUGGCAAACAAGACAGAUCAAAAGCCUUUUCCACCUUAAAGACAAAAACACUCACUGAUCACACGCAGUCUAUGCAUUCUCUUAGCUGGCACAUACUUUGCACGGCUCAAUCCACUGGAAAGCAUGGAAUCCUAGAAGGCCUAAUGAUCCAACAAUGGAAACCAUCUUUAAACAGACAGGUUCAUUGCUACAUUGCAAAAUUGUUCCCAGUGGAAGGUGUGUAACUGAUAUAUUAAAUACACAAUUAGGGGACGGUCUUUACUUGCCCUAAUGAUGACCUGGUGUCAAAAACAUUUGGGGUUUUUAAUUUUUUAAACCUCUUUUAGCCUUGUAAAUAUAAAUUAUUUUUAAAACCAAAGCGAAUAUAUUGGACAAAAGUUUAAACUUAGAUUAACUUUUAAUCCUGGGUUAACGUUAAGGUAUCAUGGUAGGUAAAUUUUUACGAAAAAUGUG